GCAGACACUGCCUUCAAGCAGCAGCGACUGAGGGCAUGGCAGCCGAUUCUCACUCCCAAGUGGGUCAUUUCCUCCUUCUUUGCUGUUGGAGUCGCUUUCAUCGGAAUAGCGAUCGGAAUACUUGGAGCAUCCAACCAGGUUCAAGAAUUGUCCCUGCAGUAUGAUGCAAAAUGCGAAAAUCACUUCAUGUCUUGGAAUGCUUCAUCAUAUUCCGAGUGCAUCCUGAAUUUCACCCUUCCCUCAAACGACAAAUGGGCAACAAGUGAAGUUUAUGUGUAUUACGAAUUGUCCAACUUUUAUCAGAACCAUCGGCAAGCUCCUUUUCUGCAACUUAAUCCGUUUGAUUCUGAUGCUUUCGGAUUUGCAGAUAAGUUUCAAGACCCUCAGGACGCGAGCAAAGAACUGUACAUGUACCCUUGUGGGCUGGUAAAUGGCCCUUGCCAUCUUUUGCAGCCAUUGAUCACAUCAAGGCGCCCAUGUCCUACAAACCCAUCAGGAAUCGCCUGGAAGUCUGACGUGGACAAGAAGUACAUCGCGCCGAUCAAGGAUGCUUCUGGUUUGCCAAAUCAAGGCAGCUUCUUUUGCUGGCACAAUGUCUCAGAUGAGGAUUUCAUCGUUUGGAUGAGAGUCGCUGCCCUGCCGAGAUUCAAGAAGCUUUAUCGCAAGAUUCCAGCGAACAAGCUGAAGCCGGGAGCGACGUACAGCCUCAUCAUCCAAAACAGAUUCCCCGUCAAGGACUUUGGAGGCACCAAGACUUUCGUCCUCUCCACGACCUCCUGGAUCGGAGGCAAGAACAAUUUCCUAGGCAUCGCCUACAUCGUCGUCGGCAUCAUUUGCGUGGCCCUUGCCAUCAUUUUCUUGGUGAAACAUUUGAUCUCCCCACGUAUCCUUGGAGAUCCGAGAUACCUCAACUGGAAGUGA